AUGUGUGAUUUGUUCACAGUGCAAAAACGGGCUCGCAUCACAGAAGUCUGCUCAAGCCCUUCGCCACCUGAGACACGUGACUCCAAGACCCCCGUCCAGACGUCUCCCCUCGCCUCUCCACCCCCUAGAUCCCCAUCCGACCACGAACUCAACGUAGAAGAAGAGUUGGAUCAUUCAGAACCAUCGCUUACGCCUGAAAAUUUAUCACUAAAGGAACGGCAGGAUGAUGUAAAGAAAGAAGAUGACGACAAAUGGGACUCUAGCUUCAAAUACAGGCGCGGGAAACCAGAAGCUCUCAUGCCCGAAUCACUCGACGAUUCCACGCCAUUCCAUAAGUCACCAGUUGAUGUACUUCUUAAAGUGUUCCCAAGGCGAAGCAGACAGGAAAUCGAAGCCAUCCUCGCCAGAUGCAAGGGUGAUGUAGUCGCUGCUAUGGAGACCAUGGUAAACGGUCCUGAGUCGUCGUACAUGACGCCAGAAUCCCCAUAUAUGCAAAGCUACCAGUCAAAAUCAGCCUUCUCCCCCCUCUCGAACCAAAGCUUCAAGUUUUCCCCAUCAAGAAGGUUUUUGACACCUCCUUACAGCGGCACUGGUUACUUACCAACUGUCAUAAGGCCACCACCAGAGUACUUAUCUUCGUUUCUGCCCCCAUCGGAGCUUAUGUACGGCAGGCAGUUGCAAGUGCCGUCACCAGGGACGUCUCCAACUUCUGAUAAUACGAACAACGAAGGUUUCUCCGAUUAG